CCCCCCGGGAGCACCACGAGGAAGAAAUCUGAUCAGGUUUUCGUAUGGCGGUUAGCGAUUGAAUAGCGCUCCGAGAAAAAUAUCCCAGCCGGAAAAGAAAUUUAAAAAUUUGACGCUCUUGAGGCUUCUGAUAUUAUUUGGUCCUUCCUUACGUGGAUGGUUGGGUGGUUGAAAGAGUUUCAAUGAGAUCUGAUUACCACGGGUUUGAGUUCAGAUGCUUUUGAUAUUUAGACAGAAAUCGAGAAGGGGAGAAGGGAUUUACGGGAUUUUCGUUUUCUGUUGUUGGUGAUCUUGAGGGUGAGGUUUGGAGAUUUUUGUUGUUGGGUGGGGGAGAUUUUUUCUUCCUUUUUUUCUGUUUAGGGAUCGAUUGAUGGGAGAAUUGGUGGUGGGUGGGGAGGACUGUAAGGAGAUUGUGGAGGAAGAGGUGGGGAAUGGGGAGGAGGGGAGGGAGAAGGAGAUGAUGAUGCUGAAGUGGAAGGAGUUUCUUCCCAGGAUGAUGGUGAGGGUGUUGCUGGUUGAGUUCGACGACUCGACGAGGCAGAUCAUCACUGCCCUUCUGAGAAAAUGUAGUUACGAAGUGUCUGCAGUGCAAGAUGGGAAAAGGGCGUGGGAGAUACUCAAGGAGAAACCCCUUAGUUUUGAUUUGGUUUUGACUGAAGUUUCUUUGCCAUCGCUUUCUGGGUUUGCGCUUCUUACCAUGAUAGUGGAGAAUCCUCUCUGCAAAAAUAUCCCCGUAAUAAUGAUGUCUUCUCAUGAUUCCAUCAAUAUUGUCUUCAAAUGCAUGUUACAAGGUGCUUCUGACUUUCUUGUGAAGCCCAUCAGGAAGAAUGAACUAAGGAACUUGUGGCAGCAUGUUUGGAGAAGGCGCUCCUUCAACGACAGUGCCAGUGGAUGCCAAAGUCAAAAUCCUGCAGAGCGUAAAUCCGAAGCAGUAUCUGAUAAUAACUCUGCAAGCAAUCGCUCGAGUGAUUAUGUUGUUUCUGUUCAUAAGAACAUUGAAAGUUGUGAGAAGGGGAGUGACACUCAAAGCUCAUCCACAAGGCCAGAGGAAGCUGAAAGCAUUAACAUGCAGGUGACAAAAAAGCUCUUACCAUCACAGAUGGAGCCGGGACUUCGCAAAUAUCAAGACAGCAUAAAAGAGAAUGCUAAUUGCUUGAUGAGGGAGAAUGAAGCAGAAGGUAAAUCAAUAGGUCGCAGAGAUAUAAAUGUUGGAAGCCACACGAAAACUAAGAUGCAUUUGCAGGGGAACCAUUUACAUGAAAGGCACUUAACUGUGGUGGAAAAUCUUGGAUCAUCAUCCUGUAGAAAGGCUUCUGUUGCUGUUAGCGGGUCUAACUUAUGUGAUCCUGAACAGCAUAAUCCUCCCAGAGAAGCCAUUGACUUUCUUGGAGGAAUUCGAGAUACAUCACAAGACAACUGUCCUCAGAAUGAUGGCAUCAACAUUCGACAUGGUGACCAUACUAAUUCAGAAGAGAACUCCAUGACAAGGGGAAACAAAUCCAGUUUUCAACAUUGUCCACCAUGUGAGCUUUCGUUGAGGAGACCACAACUUAAUGGUUGCAAUGAACAAGGGGUGGAGGAAAAACAUAUAUUAAAUCAUUCUAAGGCUUCUCCAUUCUUAAGGUAUGGUAACAGGAGUGUCCUGCCUGGUGCUCCAGUAUCUUGCUUCAGUCCAGAGCCUAAACAAGGGGAAGGUGAAUGUCAUUCCUAUGCGCCUACAGAAAGUGAACACAAUACUCGCUCAGGAAAUGUAUUUUCACCGAGGCCAAUUAAAUGGAGCAAUCUGAAUCGGAAUGAAAUUUCAUCGGAUGGCAGAGAGGGUGACGCAAGUGCCCAUUCCAAAGGUGCUUGUCUAAGCAAUGGAACUGUGCCAGAAGAAGCAACAUUUCCCUGUUCACGUUUUGGAAUUGUACCUAUGCUAGUGCCUGUUGGAGGCUUGAACCUUGAUGGUUUAGGGCCUGGAUAUGGAACCACCAUGCAACCAGUAUUUUAUGCUCAACAAGUCCCUCCUCCGUGGAGUAAUACUGACAAGUUGGAAGCCAAUCAGCAAAAAGGAUUCCCACAAUUUGAUCACCAGCUCAGACAGGGCAAGCCUGAGCAUCUGCAUCACUUGGGCAAGUGUGACGCUACCCCUCUUGAAACUCAACUUUCAAACAAAGCAGACGCUGUCUUGGGAAAUGAUGAAGAUCCUGGGUUUGCUUCUGCUUCAUGCGAGAGUGAAAGUAGCUUCUGCAAUUGUGGCGUGAAGCAUCAUAGUGUCAGCAACUCCGGGAAUGUUUCCAAUGGAAACAAUGGGAAUAUCAGUGCAGCAGACGUUGCGGAUGCCACAACAAAAGGUGGUAAGGACAUGCAGUUUUUGAACAGUGGUGUUGGAUCUUUGGAACAUAAUCGCUUAGCACAGAGAGAGGCAGCUCUCACAAAAUUUCGACUGAAGAGGAAAGAAAGGUGUUUUGAGAAAAAGGUUCGGUACCAAAGCAGGAAAAUACUUGCUGAGCAACGACCAAGAGUGAAGGGCCAGUUUGUUCGCCAACUGCCUAAUGACUCGACACCUAUGCAGGUCGAUUGAUAUAUCUGCGUGGUCCAUCAAUUGCUGGAUUGCUUGUGAGAGGCCUCUUUGCUCCCUGUGGUUGCAGUCAAGUGAUGCCACCGAGUCAAUGAAGAAUGACCUCAAGCUGGAGUUACUGCUACAGGAUGCCAGCGUUACAUCAUUUGACUUCUCCAGCCUUUGGCGUUGGUAUUGAGUGCCAUCACUAUAGUGGCAGCUUCCUUAGAAAUGUGUGCAGUGUGUGCAAUAGAAAGAGUGCCCAUUUGCUAGUGAUCGACUAGCAGCUGGUCUGCUGCUCCGACUUUUUGAGCUUUUUCUGUAAACGUCGUCUAAAGUAAUCUUCUACUCAGCAUAAGGCGUCGUAGGUUUUUUGUGCAUCCCUUUCAGUUUUCUCAGUGACCUGACUAGAGUAUAUGAUUUGCCUGUAUCUUUUCCCGAUUCACAUGUUCAAAUCAGAUACCAUGCGUGACCUCAA